AUUGAACAUCUCUUGUGUAUAUUAUAUAGAAAUGGUUGUGAUUCUGAGGUUUAAUUCGAAGGAGUUCACUUUUCGAACGGCAAAAGAAGGCGAGUUCGAAACGGAAUGGUUGCAGGCCGCAGGGCUGGGAUCCCUCGCGGCUCCGUUCCAAGCUGGUCUGGAGGUCACCGAGGCCCAGCUGGGUGAGGCGGUGCGGCCUUUACCCAGGGAACAGGCUGCAGCCGUGAGGAGACGCGUCAGGAGGCUUAACAGGACUGUGAGGAGACGUCGCGCGGCUUCCAGGGCCAGGAAGCCCGAUAUAAGAGAUGUCUUCCGGGACUUAGAGAACUCAAGUGGUAGUGAACCGCGGUCGCGCAGCGCGACCCCCGACUCACUGGACUCUCUGCCGAGCGGCGGCUCCGGCAGCCCCCCUGCCGAGUGGGCCGACGGACCUACACCCACCGACUUCGUCGAACGGUACCCGGGUACAGGCGCGCACAGUCCGUUGGCUCGCACGCCGUCCGCACCCGCCGCCCCGCGCCGCGCCCCCGUGUCGCCCCCCCUUCCCAUGCACGAACUCUUCAAGCCCAACGACCUGCACUGGGCGGACAUUGCGACCAACACAGAGGGAAUCGAACUGCUAGGCUAUCAACGAUACGGCACUGUCCAGGGGCCGAGAAUAGGGAAGGAACGAAUCAACGGAUCUAUACUGAAAGGCAAUGAUCCCUUCAUCAACAACAAGCACGCUAGCGUAUCUCGAGCGAAGAGUGUGGUCUCCGCGCAGCAGCCGCUCAGCUUUGAGCACAAAUUCAACUUGGACAGACAGAUGAUGAGUCACGACGAGGAUUGGCCGGAGGCGGACAGUAACGUGGACAUAGAGAGCAUAAGCGAGCCUCAACUGAAGCGCUUGCAGCCGCUACUGUGGUUGGAGCUCACGGCGAUAUUCGACAAGUACUCGCUGCCCUUCCAGAAGAGGAAGCCACCCAAAAAGAAGCGGAAGGAAGAGGGCUCCGUGUUCGGCGUGUCCUUGGAGACGCUGGUCCGCAAGGACAUGAUCCUGUGGGAGGAGACGUGCAGCGCGCCCAGCGUGCUGUGCUGCGUCACGCGCGCGCUCCGGGCCCGCGCGCACCACGAGGGGCUGCUCAGGGUCUCCGGGAACAAACAGAAGCCGGGUGUUACAGCGCUGAGUGGAUCGACCCGCGGGCGCGCCCUCAACCUGCUGGUGCUGCUGCUGGGUCCGGAGGCGCGCGCCACGCUGCGGGAGCUGCUGCGGCUCGCCAACGACAUCGUCGCACACGCGCACGCCAACAAGAUGAACGAGCACAACGUCGCCAUGAUCAUCGCGCCCACGCUCUUCCCGCCCAGCCUUCUGAUCAAGCAAUCAGACAGCCUGGAGACGCAGCUCGCGACCGCCGCCAACAGCUGUCACGUUACUGAAGCCAUGAUGCGGCACUCCGAACAACUCUGGACCGUGCCGCCCUCCCUCCUCGCCGCUGCUCAGAGGAAGCCGCAAGCUCAUCGCAGAUUACAGCACACUUGAUAUACAGAACAACUAGAAUUGGACUGUUAUUGGGUUCAUUUGGCCUUGCGAAAAUGGCGUAAUUUUUAAAACUGACGCACUUUGAAUUAUUGCUGUUAAAUAGUGAAAUAUUUUUAUGACCAUUCUUUUAACUGUCAAAAAUUUUUAAUUUUCGUUUAUAGCGAGACUAGCGUCCCGCCCUCGCUUCGCUUCGGAAAC